GGCCGUCGUAUUACCCUCUGCUGCGUAUGCGACUGUGAAUGGAGAGACAGCGGCGGGGGACGUGGUGGUUGCUGCAGCUGGCGGGGCAGCGCUGGAUGAUUACUCGGCGGCGGGGGACGUGGUGGUUGCUGCAGCUGGCGGGGCAGCGCUGGAUGAUUACUCGGCGGCGGGGGACGUGGUGGUUGCUGCAGCUGGCGGGGCAGCGCUGGAUGAUUACUCGGGGCCGUCGUAUUACCCCUCUGCUGCGUAUGCGACUGUGAAUGGAGAGACAGCGGCGGGGGACGUGGUGGUUGCUGCUGCAGCUGGCGGGGCAGCGCUGGAUGAUUACGUCGGCGGCGGGGGACGUGGUGGUUGCUGCAGCUGGCGGGGCAGCGCUGGUGAUUACUCGGGGCCGUCGUAUUACCCCUCUGCUGCGUAUGCGACUGUGAAUGGAGAGACAGCGGCGGGGGACGUGGUGGUUGCUGCAGCUGGCGGGGCAGCGCUGGAUGAUUACUCGGGGCCGUCGUAUUACCCCUCUGCUGCGUAUGCGACUGUGAAUGGAGAGACAGCGGCGGGGGACGUGGUGGUUGCUGCAGCUGGCGGGGCAGCGCUGGAUGAUUACUCGGCGGCGGGGGACGUGGUGGUUGCUGCAGCUGGCGGGGCAGCGCUGGAUGAUUACUCGGCGGCGGGGGGACAGUGGUGGUUGCUGCAGCUGGCGUGGCAGCGCUGGAUGAUUACUCGGCGGCGGGGGAACGUGGUGGUUGCUGCAGCUGGCGGGGCAGCGCUGGAUGAUUACUCGGGGCCGUCGUAUUACCCCUCUGCUGCGUAUGCGACUGUGAAUGGAGAGACAGCGGCGGGGGACGUGGUGGUUGCUGCAGCUGGCGGGGCAGCGCUGGAUGAUUACUCGGCGGCGGGGGACGUGGUGGUUGCUGCAGCUGGCGGGGCAGCGCUGGAUGAUUACUCGGGGCCGUCGUAUUACCCCUCUGCUGCGUAUGCGACUGUGAACUGGAGAGACAGCACGGCGGGGGACGUGGUGGUUGCUGCAGCUGGCGGGGCAGCGCUGGAUGAUUUACUCGGCGGCGCGGGGACGUGGUGGUUGCUGCAGCUGGCGGGGCAGCGCUGGAUGAUUACCUCGGGGCCGUCGUAUUACCCCUCUGCUGCGUAUGCGACUGUGAAUGGAGAGACAGCGGCGGGGGACGUGGUGGUUGCUGCAGCUGGCGGGGCAGCGCUGGAUGAUUACUCGGGGCCGUCGUAUUACCCCUCUGCUGCGUAUGCGACUGUGAAUGGAGAGACAGCGGCGGGGGACGUGGUGGUUGCUGCAGCUGGCGGGGCAGCGCUGGAUGAUUACUCGGCGGCGGGGGACGUGGUGGUUGCUGCAGCUGGCGGGGCAGCGCUGGAUGAUUACUCGGCGGCGGGGGACGUGGUGGUUGCUGCAGCUGGCGGGGCAGCGCUGGAUGAUUACUCGGACAGCGGCGGGGGACGUGGUGGUUGGCUGCAGCUGGCGGGGCAGCGCUGGAUGAUUACUCCGGGGCCGUCGUAUUACCCCUCUGCUGCGUAUGCGACUGUGAAUGGAGAGACAGCGGCGGGGGACGUGGUGGUUGCUGCAGCUGGCGGGGCAGCGCUGGAUGAUUACUCGGGGCCGUCGUAUUACCCCUCUGCUGCGUAUGCGACUGUGAAUGGAGAGACAGCGGCGGGGGACGUGGUGGUUGCUGCAGCUGGCGGGGCAGCGCUGGAUGAUUACUCGGCGGCGGGGGACGUGGUGGUUGCUGCAGCUGGCGGGGCAGCGCUGGAUGAUUACUCGGCGGCGGGGGACGUGGUGGUUGCUGCAGCUGGCGGGGCAGCGCUGGAUGAUUACUCGGGGCCGUCGUAUUACCCCUCUGCUGCGUAUGCGACUGUGAAUGGAGAGACAGCGGCGGGGGACGUGGUGGUUGCUGCAGCUGGCGGGGCAGCGCUGGAUGAUUACUCGGCGGCGGGGGACGUGGUGGUUGCUGCAGCUGGCGGGGCAGCGCUGGAUGAUUACUCGGCGGCGGGGGACGUGGUGGUUGCUGCAGCUGGCGGGGCAGCGCUGGAUGAUUUACUCGGACAGCGGCGGGGGGACGUGGUGGUUGCUGCAGCUGGCGGGGCAGCGCUGGAUGAUUACUCGGGGCCGUCGUAUUACCCCUCUGCUGCGUAUGCGACUGUGAAUGGAGAGACAGCGGCGGGGGACGUGGUGGUUGCUGCAGCUGGCGGGGCAGCGCUGGAUGAUUACUCGGCGGCGGGGGACGUGGUGGUUGCUGCAGCUGGCGGGGCAGCGCUGGAUGAUUACUCGGCGGCGGGGGACGUGGUGGUUGCUGCAGCUGGCGGGGCAGCGCUGGAUGAUUACUCGGCGGCGGGGGACGUGGUGGUUGCUGCAGCUGGCGGGGCAGCGCUGGAUGAUUACUCGGCGGCGGGGGACGUGGUGGUUGCUGCAGCUGGCGGGGCAGCGCUGGAUGAUUACUCGGCGGCGGGGGACGUGGUGGUUGCUGCAGCUGGCGGGGCAGCGCUGGAUGAUUACUCGGCGGCGGGGGACGUGGUGGUUGCUGCAGCUGGCGGGGCAGCGCUGGAUGAUUACUCGGGGCCGUCGUAUUACCCCUCUGCUGCGUAUGCGACUGUGAAUGGAGAGACAGCGGCGGGGGACGUGGUGGUUGCUGCAGCUGGCGGGGCAGCGCUGGAUGAUUACUCGGCGGCGGGGGACGUGGUGGUUGCUGCAGCUGGCGGGGCAGCGCUGGAUGAUUACUCGGCGGCGGGGGACGUGGUGGUUGCUGCAGCUGGCGGGGCAGCGCUGGAUGAUUACUCGGCGGCGGGGGACGUGGUGGUUGCUGCAGCUGGCGGGGCAGCGCUGGAUGAUUACUCGGCGGCGGGGGACGUGGUGGUUGCUGCAGCUGGCGGGGCAGCGCUGGAUGAUUACUCGGCGGCGGGGGACGUGGUGGUUGCUGCAGCUGGCGGGGCAGCGCUGGAUGAUUACUCGGCGGCGGGGGACGUGGUGGUUGCUGCAGCUGGCGGGGCAGCGCUGGAUGAUUACUCGGCGGCGGGGGACGUGGUGGUUGCUGCAGCUGGCGGGGCAGCGCUGGAUGAUUACUCGGCGGCGGGGGACGUGGUGGUUGCUGCAGCUGGCGGGGCAGCGCUGGAUGAUUACUCGGCGGCGGGGGACGUGGUGGUUGCUGCAGCUGGCGGGGCAGCGCUGGAUGAUUACUCGGCGGCGGGGGACGUGGUGGUUGCUGCAGCUGGCGGGGCAGCGCUGGAUGAUUACUCGGCGGCGGGGGACGUGGUGGUUGCUGCAGCUGGCGGGGCAGCGCUGGAUGAUUACUCGGCGGCGGGGGACGUGGUGGUUGCUGCAGCUGGCGGGGCAGCGCUGGAUGAUUACUCGGCGGCGGGGGACGUGGUGGUUGCUGCAGCUGGCGGGGCAGCGCUGGAUGAUUACUCGGCGGCGGGGGACGUGGUGGUUGCUGCAGCUGGCGGGGCAGCGCUGGAUGAUUACUCGGCGGCGGGGGACGUGGUGGUUGCUGCAGCUGGCGGGGCAGCGCUGGAUGAUUACUCGGCGGCGGGGGACGUGGUGGUUGCUGCAGCUGGCGGGGCAGCGCUGGAUGAUUACUCGGCGGCGGGGGACGUGGUGGUUGCUGCAGCUGGCGGGGCAGCGCUGGAUGAUUACUCGGCGGCGGGGGACGUGGUGGUUGCUGCAGCUGGCGGGGCAGCGCUGGAUGAUUACUCGGCGGCGGGGGACGUGGUGGUUGCUGCAGCUGGCGGGGCAGCGCUGGAUGAUUACUCGGCGGCGGGGGACGUGGUGGUUGCUGCAGCUGGCGGGGCAGCGCUGGAUGAUUACUCGGCGGCGGGGGACGUGGUGGUUGCUGCAGCUGGCGGGGCAGCGCUGGAUGAUUACUCGGCGGCGGGGGACGUGGUGGUUGCUGCAGCUGGCGGGGCAGCGCUGGAUGAUUACUCGGCGGCGGGGGACGUGGUGGUUGCUGCAGCUGGCGGGGCAGCGCUGGAUGAUUACUCGGCGGCGGGGGACGUGGUGGUUGCUGCAGCUGGCGGGGCAGCGCUGGAUGAUUACUCGGCGGCGGGGGACGUGGUGGUUGCUGCAGCUGGCGGGGCAGCGCUGGAUGAUUACUCGGCGGCGGGGGACGUGGUGGUUGCUGCAGCUGGCGGGGCAGCGCUGGAUGAUUACUCGGGGCCGUCGUAUUACCCCUCUGCUGCGUAUGCGACUGUGAAUGGAGAGACAGCGGCGGGGGACGUGGUGGUUGCUGCAGCUGGCGGGGCAGCGCUGGAUGAUUACUCGGCGGCGGGGGACGUGGUGGUUGCUGCAGCUGGCGGGGCAGCGCUGGAUGAUUACUCGGCGGCGGGGGACGUGGUGGUUGCUGCAGCUGGCGGGGCAGCGCUGGAUGAUUACUCGGCGGCGGGGGACGUGGUGGUUGCUGCAGCUGGCGGGGCAGCGCUGGAUGAUUACUCGGCGGCGGGGGACGUGGUGGUUGCUGCAGCUGGCGGGGCAGCGCUGGAUGAUUACUCGGCGGCGGGGGACGUGGUGGUUGCUGCAGCUGGCGGGGCAGCGCUGGAUGAUUACUCGGGGCCGUCGUAUUACCCCUCUGCUGCGUAUGCGACUGUGAAUGGAGAGACAGCGGCGGGGGACGUGGUGGUUGCUGCAGCUGGCGGGGCAGCGCUGGAUGAUUACUCGGCGGCGGGGGACGUGGUGGUUGCUGCAGCUGGCGGGGCAGCGCUGGAUGAUUACUCGGCGGCGGGGGACGUGGUGGUUGCUGCAGCUGGCGGGGCAGCGCUGGAUGAUUACUCGGCGGCGGGGGACGUGGUGGUUGCUGCAGCUGGCGGGGCAGCGCUGGAUGAUUACUCGGCGGCGGGGGACGUGGUGGUUGCUGCAGCUGGCGGGGCAGCGCUGGAUGAUUACUCGGCGGCGGGGGACGUGGUGGUUGCUGCAGCUGGCGGGGCAGCGCUGGAUGAUUACUCGGCGGCGGGGGACGUGGUGGUUGCUGCAGCUGGCGGGGCAGCGCUGGAUGAUUACUCGGCGGCGGGGGACGUGGUGGUUGCUGCAGCUGGCGGGGCAGCGCUGGAUGAUUACUCGGCGGCGGGGGACGUGGUGGUUGCUGCAGCUGGCGGGGCAGCGCUGGAUGAUUACUCGGCGGCGGGGGACGUGGUGGUUGCUGCAGCUGGCGGGGCAGCGCUGGAUGAUUACUCGGCGGCGGGGGACGUGGUGGUUGCUGCAGCUGGCGGGGCAGCGCUGGAUGAUUACUCGGCGGCGGGGGACGUGGUGGUUGCUGCAGCUGGCGGGGCAGCGCUGGAUGAUUACUCGGCGGCGGGGGACGUGGUGGUUGCUGCAGCUGGCGGGGCAGCGCUGGAUGAUUACUCGGCGGCGGGGGACGUGGUGGUUGCUGCAGCUGGCGGGGCAGCGCUGGAUGAUUACUCGGCGGCGGGGGACGUGGUGGUUGCUGCAGCUGGCGGGGCAGCGCUGGAUGAUUACUCGGCGGCGGGGGACGUGGUGGUUGCUGCAGCUGGCGGGGCAGCGCUGGAUGAUUACUCGGCGGCGGGGGACGUGGUGGUUGCUGCAGCUGGCGGGGCAGCGCUGGAUGAUUACUCGGCGGCGGGGGACGUGGUGGUUGCUGCAGCUGGCGGGGCAGCGCUGGAUGAUUACUCGGCGGCGGGGGACGUGGUGGUUGCUGCAGCUGGCGGGGCAGCGCUGGAUGAUUACUCGGCGGCGGGGGACGUGGUGGUUGCUGCAGCUGGCGGGGCAGCGCUGGAUGAUUACUCGGCGGCGGGGGACGUGGUGGUUGCUGCAGCUGGCGGGGCAGCGCUGGAUGAUUACUCGGCGGCGGGGGACGUGGUGGUUGCUGCAGCUGGCGGGGCAGCGCUGGAUGAUUACUCGGCGGCGGGGGACGUGGUGGUUGCUGCAGCUGGCGGGGCAGCGCUGGAUGAUUACUCGGCGGCGGGGGACGUGGUGGUUGCUGCAGCUGGCGGGGCAGCGCUGGAUGAUUACUCGGCGGCGGGGGACGUGGUGGUUGCUGCAGCUGGCGGGGCAGCACUGGAUGAUUACUCGGCGGCGGGGGACGUGGUGGUUGCUGCAGCUGGCGGGGCAGCGCUGGAUGAUUACUCGGCGGCGGGGGACGUGGUGGUUGCUGCAGCUGGCGGGGCAGCGCUGGAUGAUUACUCGGCGGCGGGGGACGUGGUGGUUGCUGCAGCUGGCGGGGCAGCGCUGGAUGAUUACUCGGCGGCGGGGGACGUGGUGGUUGCUGCAGCUGGCGGGGCAGCGCUGGAUGAUUACUCGGCGGCGGGGGACGUGGUGGUUGCUGCAGCUGGCGGGGCAGCGCUGGAUGUUUACUCGGCGGCGGGGGACGUGGUGGUUGCUGCAGCUGGCGGGGCAGCGCUGGAUGAUUACUCGGCGGCGGGGGACGUGGUGGUUGCUGCAGCUGGCGGGGCAGCGCUGGAUGAUUACUCGGCGGCGGGGGACGUGGUGGUUGCUGCAGCUGGCGGGGCAGCGCUGGAUGAUUACUCGGCGGCGGGGGACGUGGUGGUUGCUGCAGCUGGCGGGGCAGCGCUGGAUGAUUACUCGGCGGCGGGGGACGUGGUGGUUGCUGCAGCUGGCGGGGCAGCGCUGGAUGAUUACUCGGCGGCGGGGGACGUGGUGGUUGCUGCAGCUGGCGGGGCAGCGCUGGAUGAUUACUCGGCGGCGGGGGACGUGGUGGUUGCUGCAGCUGGCGGGGCAGCGCUGGAUGAUUACUCGGCGGCGGGGGACGUGGUGGUUGCUGCAGCUGGCGGGGCAGCGCUGGAUGAUUACUCGGCGGCGGGGGACGUGGUGGUUGCUGCAGCUGGCGGGGCAGCGCUGGAUGAUUACUCGGCGGCGGGGGACGUGGUGGUUGCUGCAGCUGGCGGGGCAGCGCUGGAUGAUUACUCGGCGGCGGGGGACGUGGUGGUUGCUGCAGCUGGCGGGGCAGCGCUGGAUGAUUACUCGGCGGCGGGGGACGUGGUGGUUGCUGCAGCUGGCGGGGCAGCGCUGGAUGAUUACUCGGCGGCGGGGGACGUGGUGGUUGCUGCAGCUGGCGGGGCAGCGCUGGAUGAUUACUCGGCGGCGGGGGACGUGGUGGUUGCUGCAGCUGGCGGGGCAGCGCUGGAUGAUUACUCGGCGGCGGGGGACGUGGUGGUUGCUGCAGCUGGCGGGGCAGCACUGGAUGAUUACUCGGCGGCGGGGGACGUGGUGGUUGCUGCAGCAGGCGGGGCAGCGCUGGAUGAUUACUCGGCGGCGGGGGACGUGGUGGUUGCUGCAGCUGGCGGGGCAGCGCUGGAUGAUUACUCGGCGGCGGGGGACGUGGUGGUUGCUGCAGCUGGCGGGGCAGCGCUGGAUGAUUACUCGGCGGCGGGGGACGUGGUGGUUGCUGCAGCUGGCGGGGCAGCGCUGGAUGAUUACUCGGCGGCGGGGGACGUGGUGGUUGCUGCAGCUGGCGGGGCAGCGCUGGAUGUUUACUCGGCGGCGGGGGACGUGGUGGUUGCUGCAGCUGGCGGGGCAGCGCUGGAUGAUUACUCGGCGGCGGGGGACGUGGUGGUUGCUGCAGCUGGCGGGGCAGCGCUGGAUGAUUACUCGGCGGCGGGGGACGUGGUGGUUGCUGCAGCUGGCGGGGCAGCGCUGGAUGAUUACUCGGCGGCGGGGGACGUGGUGGUUGCUGCAGCUGGCGGGGCAGCGCUGGAUGAUUACUCGGCGGCGGGGGACGUGGUGGUUGCUGCAGCUGGCGGGGCAGCGCUGGAUGAUUACUCGGCGGCGGGGGACGUGGUGGUUGCUGCAGCUGGCGGGGCAGCGCUGGAUGAUUACUCGGCGGCGGGGGACGUGGUGGUUGCUGCAGCUGGCGGGGCAGCGCUGGAUGAUUACUCGGCGGCGGGGGACGUGGUGGUUGCUGCAGCUGGCGGGGCAGCGCUGGAUGAUUACUCGGCGGCGGGGGACGUGGUGGUUGCUGCAGCUGGCGGGGCAGCGCUGGAUGAUUACUCGGCGGCGGGGGACGUGGUGGUUGCUGCAGCUGGCGGGGCAGCGCUGGAUGAUUACUCGGCGGCGGGGGACGUGGUGGUUGCUGCAGCUGGCGGGGCAGCGCUGGAUGAUUACUCGGCGGCGGGGGACGUGGUGGUUGCUGCAGCUGGCGGGGCAGCGCUGGAUGAUUACUCGGCGGCGGGGGACGUGGUGGUUGCUGCAGCUGGCGGGGCAGCGCUGGAUGAUUACUCGGCGGCGGGGGACGUGGUGGUUGCUGCAGCUGGCGGGGCAGCGCUGGAUGAUUACUCGGCGGCGGGGGACGUGGUGGUUGCUGCAGCUGGCGGGGCAGCGCUGGAUGAUUACUCGGGGCCGUCGUAUUACCCCUCUGCUGCGGAUGCGACUGUGAACACGGAGGGAGAGGCGGGAGACGUGGUGGUUGCUGCAGCUGGCGGGGCAGCGCUGGAUGAUUACUCGGGGUACAUGGGGUUUGCUGCGGCAGUGCGGUACGGCGACUACAUGACAGCAGGCAUAGACGAGGAGGGCAACGCAUGGGGCGCUGUGCAGUAUGUGCCGGGGAGACCAAGAACCCACUGGACCAACUGGGCUACUUAUAUCUUCAAGGUGCAGCUGUAA